GCGAUCAACAAUGGCGCCUGGCUCUACACGUCAGCUGUUGACGGUGAAAUGGUCAACGCCCAAACCGUUUUCUACACGGGCAAGAACAGUGUGCUGAAGUGGUUUACUCUUGUAACGAGGGCUUCCUGCUGGAGGGUGGAACACGACGAAGAUGUGCUGGAACAGUCGGCUGGAUGCCCCAGGGUCUACCUAAAUGCCGGACUCUGGCAUCGAUUUCCGGAAUCACGUGUCCGGCAUUGGACAACCCGGAUCACGUGUCCGGCAUUGGACAACCCGGAUCACGGGACAAUUGUUGUCGAAGGUUUCGAAACGGGCCAACUGGCAACCUACGAAUGCGACACGGGCUUCCAGGCCGGCGCCACUUCGGGGCCGGCAACUUUGGUCUGCAAUUCGGACGGGUCCUGGAGCGUUAGCGACGCGGAAUCCAAUUCCAACGAGCCGUUCCGGUGCCAGGAAGUCGUUUGCAGCUAGCCGGAAACUCCCGCCAACGGGUCCGUCACUUUCACGUCCACCAAUUUCGGAUUGAAGGCGCUCUUCCGCUGCGACCAAGGAUUCGUGCUGAGCGGAUCGCAGCAGAGGACGUGCGGAAGCGAAGGCGAAUGGAUCGGCGGAGCCAAGCCCAAAUGCGUUCCUCGAACGUGUUCCAUCCCGGACAUCAUUGAGCACGGAUACAUGGGAUUCGAAGUGGGCGGAUCGGCCACCAGUCUCGGCACCGGAUCUGUCAUUCUCUACGACUGCGAGGAAGGAUACAAAUUAGUCGGAGCGCGGGAACGAUCCUGUUUGCCAUCCGGUGAUUGGACGGACCAAGAGCCGUCGUGCCAUUAGAUAUUUUGCGAGCGUCUGCCCAGCACCAUGGAGCACGGGACUGUCACGGGGGCCGAGGAGAACAUUUACGGUUCAGUCGUUCAAUUUGUUUGCCAUCCGGGAUACGAAUUAGACGGUCCGGAAUGUUUGUCCUGCGAAGAUGACGAAAAUUGGACCGGAAUAAUGCCCACCUGUCGCCCGGUGGAGUGUCCCAAUCCGGGCCUGGUUGCCAACAUAGUUGUUUCACUCAAACAAGCGGAUGUUCGAUUAGAUCCGGAAGUCUACCACUACGGCGACAUUUUGGUUUACAUCUGCCGAAGAGGUUACGGAAUUGUCAAAUCCGACAAUGAUUCCGGCGUCGUGGAGAGGCGCUGCUUGGCCGACGGCUCUUGGUCUUCCAAACCGCCCGUCUGUUCCAGAGUCUCCUGCCCGCCGGCCGUCAUCCCCCAGAAUGGGUACACAUCUCGUCCCGUUCAGAAUGAAGUGGCCAACGUCAACGAAACGGAGGAAGCGGCCAUGGUUGGUCAAAUCAUCCACUACAGAUGCAAAAAAGGCUACCAGCUGACCGACUACAGCCCCAAUGUGGCCAAAUGUCUGGAGACGGACAAAUGGAAUGUCUCGGAAACGCCCACGUGUCAGCUGAUUCGGUGCCCUAAACCGCCCGUCGUCAAGAACGGCAAACUGGACGGAAACGGGAAAAAGGAAUAUUCAUAUUUGGAUUCCGUCAAAUACGAAUGCGAUUUCGGAUUCGGCAUGACGGGCGAAGACCGGUUGGCGUGCACUUUUCCGGGAGAUUAGGAAGAUCAGAUACCGACGUGCGUCCGAGCCAUUUGUCUGUCUGUCGACAUACUGGAAGACGGAAUCAUCACGCCCGUCUAUCCGCCGUCGAAUGGACAGAAGACGGGCCGCCAACAGCGCCCAAUGGCAUUGAAAUUUUCCUGUCAAGACGAAUACGAUUUGGUGGGCAGCGCGUUGACUGAAUGCACGUCGACGGGCGACUGGAAUCAUCCGUUUCCGGCUUGUGUUCCAUGGCCGUGCGAGUCUCCGCCGAUCUCACCGAAUAGUCAAAUCCAAUCAAAAGUCAUUCGACCGGAUAUCAUCACGGCGAUAGUCCGUUGCGAUCCCGGCUUUCGAUUACUCGGAUCCAAUUUGACUUGUGGUCCGGCCGGCAUUUGGAAAGGAAAAGCGGAAUGUGAAGCUCAGCUGUGUUCUCUUCCGAAACAACUGUCAACUGGGAAAGCAGUCAUCGGCGAUUUCAAAUUCACGCAACCGCUGAAAAGUUCGUACGGGUUUGGCGAGACGAUCCAGUUCAGUUGCCGGCUGGGCUAUGUGCUGGAAGACCCUCAAAUGUCUGCGCUAACCUGCGCCGAUGAUGGGCAAUGGGACGAGCAGAAGAUUCCAGUUUGUCAACCCAUUCGCUGCCCAGAUGUCCAGGUGCCGAAACAUGGAACUGUCAGCGGAACGAGCUCAAUUCUGGACAGCCGGAUUACUUUCAGCUGCCAGGAAGGAUAUUUCAACUGAAUGGGGAGGAGCAAAUCACUUGCAGGCCGGACGGCACUUGGUCCCAUCCAGCAAUGCCCAUCUGUGUGACUCGUUCGUGCGGCGAUCCUCCGAAUAUCGACAAUGGAUUUGCCGUCGUCCGCGGCACAGGAGUCGGUGAUACGAUUUCCUACUCCUAUGAGACCGGACAUCGCCUUUCUGGAGUCGAAUCUAGAACAUGUUUGAGUAACGGUCGGUGGUCGGCAGAAGAUCCUGCCUGUGAUCCGGUCGUUUGUGCAGUACCGGAAGCCUCGGAACAUGGAUCCUGGACGAAUGGUGGUUUCGUUCCGGGCUCCACCAUUCGUUUCGAAUGCAAACCGGGUUUUACUCUGGUCGGUUCCGCCACUGUAAGGUGCCUGACGGACAAAUCGUGGAGCGAUCGCCCGCCUAGUUGCCAGCAGAUUACUUGUCCGCCUUUGAGAGAUCCGGAACAUGGAAUUGUCCAGUUGACCAAUUGGAUUUCGGACAAUCAAGAGCUCAAUAAUCAACAGCUGGCCGUGGGUUAUCAUUCUACGGCUCACUACACGUGCAAUCGUGGAUAUCAACUAUUUGGCCUGGGUCAACGGACUUGCACGGACCAAGGAACAUGGAGCGAUCGAGGACCAAAAUGUCAAAGAGUAUGGUGCAAUGAACCUCAAGCGCCAUUGCAAGGAUUUGUGAUGGGAACUGGCCGGCAAUAUUGCGAAUUGGCAACCGGGUUCGCUACGCUUGUAGCACCGGCUAUCGGUUAAUCGGCGCAGACGAUUCCACCUGCCAGGCGGAUGGAACUUGGUCGACCGUGUCGCCUCAGUGUGAAGCCAGCUCUGACUUGCUUCGCGCCUCCUCCAGCCGUUCCCCACACGAUAGCUCCGGCAUCCGGAAAGCCAAUAACCACCGGAAUGCAAUUGAUUCUUCGCUGCCAGGAAGGGUUCACACCGGUCGGUGACAUGACGCUUCAGUGUUUGCACAAUCAACAGCGGUCCACUGUCAAGGGCUAUGCAAGAGAGUGCACUGCAGUCAUCCAGUUGCUAAAGGAACAGCUUCUGUGGUCGUCAUCAGUGGAGAGGCUGAUGCUGGAAGUGGACAGUACCACUUCGAGGAUCGACUUCUUGUUAGCUGCAAACAUGGUCGCCAUCUAAAGGGAAGUAGUGCCAUAUUAGUUUGCCAGGCAGACGGCCAAUGGACAGGUCAGCCUCCGGUUUGCGAAUCUCAAUGCGAUACGGUUUGUCUAAAUGGAGGCUCCUGCAAUUCCAACAAUCGUAAAUGUACUUGUCAGCCUGGAUACAGCGGGGACCGUUGUCAACACGGUAUUUAAAUCGCGUACCCACAGCAACUGAAAGAUGGCAUUUUUUUUUCAAAUUAGUAAAUCUUUGUUUAUUUAGUUCACAAUUGCACGCUAUUACUAAUUAAUCGUGUAGAAUAAUUUCUCGACAAGUUGUUUUUUUUUGUUUGUUUGUU